AUGCUGACCUCGUCCUCAACCCCGACCCUAGACUCGAACCAAGCUGCGAGUAUGGAUAUUGACAGUCUCAUCAAUGCACAAUUCAAUCGGGCCGUAGAGAUCGUCCAAAGCUUGCCCAAGACAGGUCCCAUUCAAACUGGGUAUGAGGAGAAGCUCGCAAUGUACAGCUUGUAUAAACAGGCUACCCAAGGGAAUGUCAAGACUUCUCGGCCAGGAGUUUGGGAUAUGCUAGGCAGGGCAAAAUGGGAUGAAUGGGCAAAGCACAAGGAUAUGGAUACGCGUGAGGCGCAAUGGAGGUACGUAGAGACUUUGAAGAAGGCGGGUGUGCUGCGCAAGUAUCCGGAUCGUACAAUUGCAAGAGACCUCAUUGCUGAGCUGGAUUCGUUUGCUGGCGAUCCCAACAAUCUGGUUAUGAGCACACAUAGCAACAUGGGUGCAUCGACGUCAUUACAUGAUAGAGCAGAGACAUCGUCAUCCGGCUCCUCGAGAACUGAAGGCUCGCCACCCCCAGUCCAUGCAGCACUACUUGAAGCACAGAAACAACAUUUUGCUCAUGUUCAACGACCGGCCGACACAGGUGUAUUCGAAAGUUCUGAAGAUGACGAAGAGACAGAGUCCGAUACAGACGAGGAAAUCGAGAACGCCGCGCAUCCUCCACACCCCCAACCCCAACCCCAGUCACAGUCACAACAAGCGAACUCUCCGCAAAUAGUGCGCCCCCGCUCAAGUCUAUCUUCUCAGUAUCAAUACCGAACUCCAGCCGCACCUUCCAAUGUUAACUAUUCCCCCACACACUCGCAUGCUGAACAGGGGCCCACGCCCGUCAUGGCAGGUAUACCACUCACUCAGCCCCAGCCCCGGUAUGCAGCCCCUUCUGCUUUCGCUCCUCUCUCCCAACAGGGGUCUGCACUUGCAUUUUCGCCCCAACAGCCUACCCUAUCGCUGCACCCCGCAUAUCACCCUCACGUACCACCAUCCGAAGCAAUGGCUUCAUACCGCGGUCACCCUCAUCCAACAUACCAAGAUGCCCCACGCUCGCGAUCUCCACCUCGUGGUACAUCUAUGGGGCUUGAGCGAGCCAUUAUCGAUAUCCAGGCUUCCUUGUCUGCCCUUCGCGAACGUAUGGAAACCAUCGAGCAAGGGGGGUCAUUCACCUCUUCCUAUUCGUCACGUCACCGUCAGUCUCCCCCACGGAGACAUUCUCCCUUGCAUCCGAUGCUUCCAUUUAACAUAGACCCCCGUUCGUUCGGCGCUUGGUCCGUAAUUCUCACACCACUUGCCCGGUCAGUUGUGAGCACACGUCAGAUGCUUCAAGUCGUCCGUCGGAACCCGACAAUGAUUAUAAUCAGGCGGCUAAUGCUUGAUAUUUCAUUUUUGCUUGCGCUUCUUGCGGUCAUCCGGGCGUGCUGGAGGAGGUUCGGCGGGAGGAGGCACGAGGUAAUCAGCGCUCUUGGUGGAAUAUGGGUCGCGUUAGUAAACGGAGGCAAGGCAUCAGCAAGGAGGGAACGAAUCCUGGUCGAUCGCGGAAUUUAG